GGCCUUGUCCUUCUUCACUCGCAGAAGGACAUGGCCCUGAAGCCACACGAGCGGAAGGAGAAAUGGGAGCGUCGCCUUGCCAAGAAGCCCCGUGAGUCAGAAAACUGCCCGUCUGCAGAACCAAGCGAGAACGGGCGGCCCCUGGAGAUGGGCAGCCCUGAGCAGGACCUGGAGCCUGCCUGCGACCGGGGGAAGAAGAAGGUCCCCCUGCAGCCCACCAAGCAGCAGGUGUGCUCCCCAGAAGGGGGGCCGCUCCCAGCCAGCCACUGGGACCAGAACGGCCCGGCCCAGCUCCAGCAGCAGCUCCAGCCCAGCCAGCCCCAGGGGUCACCCCCAGCCCCGUGUCAGCGCUGCCAGCCCCGUCGGGCUCUCCCGGACCCCGGGCAGCCCUGCCGGCCCCAGCCGCCACUCCCGGGUCAGCGCAGCUGGCCCCAGCGGUCACUUCUGGGCCCAAGACAGCCCUGCCGGCCCCGGCGGUCACUUCUGGGCCCAGGUCAGCCCUGCCGGCCCCAGCGGCUGCUUCCAGCCCCAGAUGAGCACUGCCGGCCCCAGCGGUCACUCCUGGCUCAGCCCUGCCGGCCGCGCUGGGGGCUCCUAAGCCCCAGGCAACGCUGCCGGCCCCUGCGGUCCCUGCUGGCCCCGUGCCACCUCUGCCGGCCCCUGCGGUCCCUGCUGGCCCCGUGCCACCUCUGCCGGCCCCUGCGGUCCCUCCUGGCCCUCUGGCACCGCUGCCGGCCCCUGCGGUCAUGGGUGGCUCCCUGUCUCCGCGGCCAGCCCAGCCGGGCGUCCUCAGGACAGCGGGGCCGGCCCCCACAGUCACUCCUCCUGCUGCGUCCACGCCGCCGGCCCGCCGCCUCACUUGCGGGCCAGUGCUGCUGCCCCCGGCGGGUGCUCCUAGCCCCGUGCCAGCCCCGGAGGUCCCUCCUGGGCCAGCCCAGCCGCCCCCAGGGGUCACUGCUGGGCCUCAGUCAGCCCCAGCAGUUAGUUGAGGCCCCAGAGCACCCUGGCCCCCCGAAACCUUCGCUGCUGGGCCCCGGACAGCCGUGCCAACAAAAGCGGCCACUCAUGGGCCCAGAACAGCCCCGUCUGCCCAAGCGGCCACUCCUGGGCCCAGAACAGCCCUGCCGACGAAAGCGGCCACUCCUGGGCCCAAAGCAGCCGUGCCAGCCCCUGCAGUCACUUCUGGGCCCCGGCCAGCCCUGCAAACCCCAGCCUUUACUCCCCAUCCCUGAGCCCCCGUCACUCCUGGGCCGGCCUGCUCCGCCCCGCCGGCCCCUCCUGGGGCCCCUGAGCCAGCCGCGGCGCUCCCUGCUGGACCUGGUGCGGGCCCAUCAGCCCCAGCUCUCACUCCUGGCAGCGGGCCGGCCCUGCAGGCCCCUGAGGUCACGACGGACUCGGUCCUCCACCCCUGCGGUGGCCCGCCAGGCCCCAUCUGUGAGCCCUGGAGCCUGAUGCCCGGUUUCUGUACCACCCUGGGUGUGGCUGUGCUGGGCACCUAUGUUGCCAAGACUGGCCAGAGGCCUUCGCCAGACAGGCCGGGCCGUUCGUGGUUGCAAACUGAGGUUUCAGCAGAGGCAGCCCCCUGCAGAGCCGCCACUGGGCUGAGGCCCACCUGCACCAGGAGGAGGGGAGAGGACCCCCAGCAUCUUCCCACCCGCCCCCAUCGUGCCCGCUACCCUGUGAUGUACACGCCCCUAAGAGAGCGAACACGGCUGCCCCCCGCAGGGGGUCUCGGUGCCUCUGUGCCUCCGAAGUGCCCACGUGUCCUUGUGUGUCGGAGUCUUUGUGCACACCCGCCCCAGGUGUGUGCUGCCCCUCAAGUGUUUGUGUGCAGCGUGUGCGUGCAUGUACGUGGUGUGUGUGCAUACGUGCCGUGGGGCUUGCCGGCUGCAGGCCUGGCGCUCCUUGGGCCCCAACCCAGCUGGCCAGCGCGCAUCCCCCACCCCUAGGCCGGAAGCGGGCUCCUCUGGGGCCCAGCCACAGGUCCCGCUCGCCUCCCCUCUAGCCCAGGGUGGGGAUGUGUGUCCACCUCCCGGGUUCUGUGAAUGCAGGGAGGGGACGGAUGCCAGGGCGCUCAGGCUGUCUGUGGCCGCUUAGGAACUGGUGGUGACAAGGAGGGCCCCCCCCCCCCGCCCCGCCUCCACUGAAGGAGGCCAAGCACUGAAGCAGAGGCAGAGUGUCCCAUCCCCCCCAGCUCUGGACCAGGAGGGCCCCAGGCUGUUCUCGGAGCGCCUCCUCCCGGCCUCCCACUCAGCCUGUGCAGCCGUCAGCUGCCAGCCCCCCAGGGUCUUCCCUCUUGGGACAGACCUCACACUACAGGGCUUUGCCUGCCCUCCGCCCACCCCACACCUGUGCUCAGGGGUUGCCCAUUCCUCACCCCAGACCCCUGGCUCGGGGCAGUCCCACACUGGUGCUCCCGGAGUCCUGGGCGUGAGGCGAGGGCUCGGCUCUGACUCUCCGGGAUUUGAGGGUCUCUGGGAGAGGGGACCGCAGCCCUCUCUGGAGAGCAUCAGCCACCUGAGGGUGGCCCGGCUGUGCUCCCACCAGCCUUCUCUGUGCCCAGUCUCACGGGGCUGCGACGGCCACUCGCGUGCUGAUCCUGUUUGCGAAGGCCUCGGAGGUGCCCCACCCCACCCCUCUUGCCCUUUGGGGUCCUGGCUGGCUGGGUGUGGGGUCCGCCCAGAGCAGGGCCCUCAGGCAUCUGGUCCUCACCCGGGUCUCCCUCCCAGAAACGCGGGGCUUAUUUUUCUGAUUAAAGAAAAUAAAAAGUGCCGUGCCAUUAUUUUUAUAACAGCA